AUGAUCCGCCGCAACGCGCGCCUGCGGCGGGAGUAUCUGUACAGGAAGAGCCUGGAGGGCAAGGAGCGCGAGCUGUACGAGAAGAAGCGGAAGAUCAGACAGGCGCUGGAAGAUGGGAAGCCUAUUCCUACGGAGCUGCGGAGGGAGGAAGCGGCGUUGCGGCGGGAGGUGGAGUUGGAGGACGAGCAGACGGCGAUCCCUGCCUCCCACAUAGACGACGAGUACGCGUCGGCCGGGAAGGAAGACCCCAAGGUCCUGGUCACGACGUCGCGGGACCCGAGCUCUCGGCUGGUCCAGUUCGCGAAGGAGAUGAAGCUCGUCCUCCCCAACAGCCAGCGCGUCAACCGGGGCUCGCAGGUCGUCCCGGAACUCGUCGAGGCCUGCCGCCGCAACGGCUUCACCGACGUGGUCGUCGUGCACGAACACCGCGGGGAACCAGACGGCCUCGUCAUCUCCCACCUCCCCUACGGUCCCACCGCCUUCUUCGGCGUCCACAACGUCGUGACGCGCCACGACAUCGGCACCAAGCGCGAGGUCGGCACGAUGAGCGAGGCCUACCCGCACCUCGUCUUCGAGGGCCUCACCACCAAGCUUGGCAUCCGCACCGCCAACAUCCUCAAACACCUGUUUCCCGUCCCCAAGCCCGACAGCCGCCGCGUGAUGUCCUUCGUGGCGCACAACGACUACAUCUGCUUCCGGCACCACGUGUACAAGAAGCCCAAGGGCCCGACGUCGGUCGAGCUCACCGAGGUCGGCCCGCGGUUCGAGCUCAAGCUGUACCAGAUCCGCCUGGGCACCCUCGACCAGCAGCACGCAGAGGUCGAGUGGGUCGUGCGGUCCUACACGCGGUCCGCGAAGAAGCCCAAGCUCACCGAGGCCGCGGACGCCGACGCCGCGUGA